AUGCGAUACCACACCUUUAUUUCAACGGCCCUUGCAGCCGCACCGCUGGCAGUGUCGGCAGCAGGCACUCUAGGCUUCGCCGUGGGAAACACCAAUCCUGACGGCACUUGCAAGACGCAGAGCGACUUCGAGGCCGAUUUCAAGGCCAUCCAAGGAAAUACCCAAGCCCAAAUUGUUCGAACCUACUCUUCUUCCGAUCAAUAUGGCAAUCCAUGCAAUACACCUUCUGAGAUCCUCCCUGCGGCCAAAUCGGCGGGCAUCAAGGUCCUUUUAGGCAUGUGGCCUGAUGGUGGUGCUUAUGAGAAGGAAAAGGCAGCGGUUGACAAAGCGGAUCCAACAUCAUUCGGCGACACUCUCUACGGCAUUACGAUUGGCUCAGAGGGCAUGUAUCGAGGCACCUACAACGCGGAAGAGCUCACGGGCUGGAUCCAAGAGGUGAAACAGAGCUACCCAGACACCGCCAUUGGGACUGCCGACAGCUGGAACUGCUGGGCCAACGGGACCAUGGACUCUAUCAUCACGAGCGGCAUCGAUUUAAUUCUUGCCAACGGGUUUGCGUAUUGGCAAUAUCAAGAGAUCGGCAACGCCACAAAGACGUAUUUCGACGACAUGGCUCAAGCACUUGCGCAUGUCCAAGAAGUGACUGGCAGCCUGGACAAGAUCCACUUCAUGAACGGCGAGACUGGCUGGCCAGGCACCGGAGGCACCGACGCAGGCGCUGCAAAGGCCGGCGACGACAACAUGAAGACGUACUGGCAAUCCGCCGUGUGCGGUCUGCUCGAUUGGGGCGUUGACCUUUUCUGGUUCGAGGCGUUCGACGAGCCCAACAAGGCCGACGCCAUCGGCGACAAUGGCCAAAAAGCCAGCGAGAAGUACUGGGGUUCCUUCACCUCGGACCGAAACCCAAAGUUCGACAUGUCAUGCUAA